AUCGAAACUUUUGCAUUAACGCUGCACUGCGGGCCUCUGUCGCACGAACCGGUUAGCGCACGGCUGCAAGGACACUUCAGGGAAGGCCUUGCGCAAAAAUCGGAGCUCGAAACGCCUCACCUGGUGCCAAAUACAAAUUAGAGCUCGGCAGCCCAUUACAAAAAAAAACGCCUUCAAAGGCAACGAAGCAACCAUGGCCACGAUGGAGACGACCGACGCACCCCAGAUGAUCGAGCACAAGAACGUGUCCCUGACGUACACGCCCUACGAGACGCGCUGGGUGCCGUGCUCGGCGCGUUUCGUCUGUUGCGGGAUCACGCCGAAGGCCAAGGGCAAGCUCGAGGUUUAUGAACUCAAGCAGGGCAAGCUGGAGGUCGUUGCCGAGAAGAUCCACGGGAGCGGGUUCAAGUGCGGCACCUUCGGCGCUUCGUCUUUAUCCGAGAGGUCUAUAGCGACGGGCGACUACAAGGGCGGUUUGAACAUUUUUGAUCUGGAGCGACUCGACGUGCCAACCUUCAGCAUUCCGACGGCCCACUCCCAGAUCAUUAAUGGGAUUGACGGCGUUGGUGGAUUAGGUAUUGGCGGCGGCGCGCCCGAGCUCGUGACCGGCUCGCGAGACGGAUGUGUUAGAGUCUGGGAUCCUAGGGUGAAGGAAUCUGUCGUUUCGUUAGAACCGGUCGAGGGCCAACCAGUGAGGGACUGCUGGACGGUCGCCUUCGGCAACAGUGUUGGAGACGAGCGGUGUAUCGCAGCCGGCUACGACAACGGCGACGUCAAGCUCUUUGACCUGCGGACGAACUCCAUGCGCUGGGAGACGAACGCCUCGAACGGCGUGACCUGCGUCGAGUUCGACCGCAAGGACGUGGAGAUGAACAAGCUCGCGGUGUGCACGCUCGAGUCGCGGUUCCGCAUCUUCGACGUGCGGACGCAGCACGCGGAAGAGGGCUUCGCUCAUGUCGCCGAAAAAGCCCAUAAAGCCACCGUCUGGCUCGCUAGGUUCCUACCACAAAACAGAGAUGUGUGGAUGACCGGGGGCGGCAACGGCGGCUUCAACCUCUACACGUACCACUACCCGCCGAAGCGCCAGAUGCAGCACAAGGACGACUCGCCCUGCGGCGUGCCGGGCACGGUCGAGCUGCUGAAUUCCCGGGUCAUUUCCACGCAGCCGAUCGUGUCCUUCGACUGGUCGCCGGACAAGGAGGGAUUGGCCUGCCUCGCGUGCCUCGACCAGACGCUCCGCGUGUACAUCUGCACGAAGCUCGAGAAGUACUGAGUGCGCGGUGUUUCCUAAAAUUUUGCAUUUA